GUGUGUAGUGAGAAGUCAGGCAAAAAGUAAAAGCAAACAGAUGACGAUAUGCAAGCCUUUAAGGCAACUCGGACCCCUUCUUCAGGCCCACCCCAUCAAAUGUUGUGAUUGUCUCUUGCUGUCUCUACAGGACCAAACCUCUUAAAGGUCAUUCAGGCCAGCCACCAGCCUUUUCCCAUUCAUACUCGUAUUAAAGGCCUCCAUAGUACACACAGAGAUGGUGUGUAUAAAUCCACAAGAAUUCUGGAGGAUCGGGUUUCUCUUGGUGAUCCAAACAACUGGGAUGUCGGCUUUGAGACUCGAUACACAGAGCUAAUGGUCAUUGGUCAGUACAAAAGGACCUACUGUGAGACUUGCCAUGAACUUUUGGACAUGGGGAAGACUCAUGCAGAGCUAGUGCAGGAACGGACAAAAGAGAAAUGCGAGCGAAUCUGGACUGAACAGCUUUUAAGGAGGAGUCCAGGAAGUGAGACUGCCCCACACAUUGUAGUGGUCAGUGGAGUGGCUGGAAUUGGGAAGACCACCAUGGUCCAGAAGAUCAUGUUUGACUGGGCCAGAGGCACUCAGUACCAGAGGUUUGCAUUUGUGUUCCUAUUUAAAUUCAGGGAGCUCAACCUACUAGACACGGAGACAGAGCCACAGAUGCCUCUGACCAGGCUGAUUGUAAGGCACUAUAAAUAUCUCAAUGAUCCAAAACUAACAGAAAUCAUGCAGAAACCUGAAUCUCUCCUCUUUAUAUUUGAUGGUCUUGAUGAAUACAAACACAAACUGGACUUCACACAAGAACGGCUUUGCUCAAAGCCAAAUGACUACUUUCCUGUCCACAUCCUGGUCACUAGCCUGGUCAAAAGGACAUUACUGAAGGGCUGCUCAGUCCUGAUCACAAGCAGACCAACAGCCUUGGAGUCCCUGGAGAUGGAGAGAGUUGAUCGAUUUGCAGAGAUCCUGGGUUUCUUCCCUGAACAAAGACUGAUGUAUUUUAAGAAUUUCUUUAGUGACACUGAUUUGGGCUCUGAGGCUUUUCACUAUGUUGAGGAGAAUGACAUGCUAUACACCAUGUGCUUUAACCCCUCGUACUGCCUGAUUAUUUGCUCUGUGCUGAAAAACCACUUUAUGACACCCGAAGAAGAGCGUGGAGCUGCCCCUAAAACUGUCACUGAGCUCUUUAUGAUGUUUCUUCACAAUAUCUUAACCUAUCACAAGCGAGAAGCUGAAGACCAGCAGGGGAUUCUAAUCAGACUAGGAAGGAUGGCUUAUUAUGGGGUGGCCAACAAGACUCUUGUGUUCUAUGACAAGUUUGAAAUGUCCACCUUUGGUCUACAGUCAGUCUUAUCUUCUCAGUUUCUCUCAGGGUUUCUCAAGGAAAUUUUACAGGGAGAAAGCACUCUGGAUCACACGACAUACACAUUCUUCCACCUCACCAUACAGGAGUUCAUGGCUGCCUGCUCCUUCUACCUCAGUCCAUCAGAGGGUGUGGAGGCCAUGCUUGUGAAGUUAGACUCGUGUAAAGAUGGCCGGUUUGAGAUUUUCACUCGAUUCCUGGCAGGACUUGCCAGAGAUUCUGUGUUUAAAACACUGAGGGGAGUUAUGGGGGAGUUGCAGAGGAAAACAGCAAAGCAGGUACUGGAGUGGGUGAAGCGGAAAGCUGAACAGGCGCUAUGGGGAGAAGACAAAAGUGAGGCUCUACGAGUGUGUCAAUGGCUCUAUGAGACUCAGAAUAUGAAAUUAAUUAAAGACGCCAUUGGGAAGGAUUUAAAGAUGAACUUUAUUAAGACAACUUUGUCUCCUCUGGACUGUGCUGUGCUGGGCUCUGUCAUCAGCUGCUGUGGAGAACUCGAGGAGCUUGACCUAUCGGAGACUCAUCUCACCCCAGAAUGCAUCAGCAGACUGGCGCCAGGUCUCCUCUGCUGCAGACAUGUCAACCUCAAGUCAUGUGAGCUCACCUCCACAUGUGUCUCGGCUCUCUUCUUAGCUCUUUCUUCCCCACACUCACGCCUGAGUGAACUAACCCUGAGCAGCAACAAGAAACUGGAGAAUUCAGGAGUGGAUCAUCUAUGUCAGGGACUGAGGAGUGAAAACUGCAAAUUAAAGAAACUUAACCUGUCCUUAUGUCAUCUCACCUCCAGAUGUUGCUCAGCCCUCUCCUUAGCUCUUUUUUCUCCACACUCACAACUCGCUGAACUGGAGCUGAGCUGGAACUCCAUUGAGGAUUCAGGAGUGAAUCAGCUGUGUGAGGGGCUCAGAAGUAAAAACUGCAAAUUAGAGAAACUAAACUUGUCAAACUGUCAUCUCACCUCCAGAUGUUGCUCAGUUCUCUCCUUAGCUCUUUCUUCUCCAUGUUCACGACUAACAGAAUUGGACCUGAGCUUCAAUGACAUGAAGGAUGCAGGAGUGGGUCAGCUGUGUGAGGGGCUGAGGAGUAGAUACUGCAAAUUACAGAAACUGAGCCUGGUCUCAUGUAGUCUCACCUCCACAUGUUGCUCAGCUCUAUGUUCAGUUCUGUCUUCCCCACACUCACAGCUGACUGAACUGGAGCUGAGACACAACCAACUGAGGGACUUGGGCGCUCGUCAGCUGUGUGAGGAGCUGUGGAACUCAAACUGUAAAUUAGAGGCACUAAGGUUACAGGGUAAUGAGAUCAGCGAUUAUGAGAAGAACAAUCUGGCGACACUUCAACAGGUGCUGAACAAGACUGGACAGCAGGUGAAUACCUAAACAUGAGACGACUGGACAUGGUAAUCAAUAGACCCCAGUGAUGGCGACUCCUGGUCCACCCUCUCUAAAUUCUUGUCUUUUCUUUUAGAAUCUCCUCAUCUCUUCUUCACAUUAAAUAAACUCUUCAUGUCUUUCUCAGCCUCUGUG